AUGAAGAUAACAAUCAAGACACUUCAACAAAAGCUAUUCACGGUUGAUGUAGAACCAGAACAAACCGUACAAGCCAUCAAGGAGAAGAUCAACGAGGAACAUGGCCAUCCAGUCGCAAGCCAAAAGCUCAUCUACUCUGGCAAAGUCUUAGACGAUGCCAAAGUGGUCAAAGACUGUAAUUUUAAAGAAAAGGACUUUUUGGUGCUCAUGGUCUCAAAGGCCAAAGCUGCACCAGCUGCAUCAACGUCUGCAGCAGCGUCUUCGUCAACUUCUGCUCCCGCGGCUCCAGCACAACCCGCACAGCCGCCAGCGGCCAGCACCAGCAAUGCUAUGGAUGCCACACCGACGACUACGACUGCUUCAAACCCACAACCAGCAUCCGAAUCAACGACUGCUGCAGCGGCUGCACCAGGCUCUGAUACGAGCUUCCUUACCGGAAGCGCGCUCGAGACGGCGAUACAGGGCUUGAUGGAUAUGGGCUUUGAGCGACCUCAAGUCGAACGUGCCAUGCGUGCGAGCUUUAACAAUCCGGAUCGUGCUGCAGACUAUCUCUUCAAUGGUAUUCCUCCUGGUCUACUUCCCACUCCAGCGGCAAGGAGUCCAGCUCCAGCUGGUGGCUCUGCUCCAUCUGCCCCAGCAGCGGCUGCCCAGCCCGUCCCCGCGACUCCAGCUGCUCAGACUCCCUCUGCGCCCUCGGGAGGUGGCAAUCUCUUCCAAAUGGCCGCUCAGCAACAACAGCAGCAACGAGGUGGCCCGGCCGGUGGAGCGCCUGCGGGCGGCCUGGGUGGACUUGGGGCUCUCGGAGGACUUGGUGCACUCGGUGGAGGAGCCGCAGCUGCUGGUGGGGCCGCUGGAGGUGCAGCUGGAGGUGAAGAGCAAGCCAUGGAUCAAAUGCGCCAAAUGGUCCGCGAGAAUCCAGCGCUCCUCCAAGAGCUCAUUCAGACGAUUGUCGCUAAUAACCCGGCACUACUCGAGCGUAUCAAUAACAACCCAGAGGCUCUCCUUCAGCUCCUCGCUGGUGGUGAUGACGAGGGCGAGGGUGAUGAGGGAGCUGGUGCGGGGGGCCCGAUGACCAUUGAGCUGACGCAAGAGGAGAUGAACGAUAUCCAGACUCUACAAGACUGGACCGGCGCUUCACGGGACAAGGCGGCUGAGGCGUACUUGGCGUGCGGCAAAAACGUCGAGCUUGCAGCAAACUUUUUGUUCGAAGGAGGUUUCCAAGACUGA